AUGGACGUGGAGGUGUUCACCCAUACAGUGCCUCCAGGUGAAGAGGCCUUUGACCUCAGUCACGCAGGUGGGGAGCAUGAGGCAUUUGAAGACCUUGCUCAUCAACUGGCGGAUCUAACUGGAUAUCAUCACAUUGAUCCACGAAUUCGGGGAGAACGCAUCGAUACUCAAACCGCUCAUUGGGGCCUUCAGAUAGAUCGUCUCAUUGACGCCUACUUAAACUAUCGCAGUCGAGAUUCCGGGGAUGGUAUGCCUGAUAUUUCAGAUCAGGUCCUGUCAGGUGUCGAUGCUUCAUUCUCAAUUAAUGAGAUUGAACUCAUUGAUACAUUCAGUAAGUCUGAAACGUGCUCGCAUCUACGACCAUUACCGUCUCAUCAAUACCCGAAUGAAACCCUCAUCUACUAUGGGUACAUUGGGUGUGCCCCGAUGUAUCCUUCUGUUGCCAUCUCGCUUCGUACACUCGCUGCCUACCGUCAGUCGCACCGAACGUGUCCCCGGUUCAGUAUCCAAUCACAAUGCAAGACUUUAUGUUACCUUCACGAUAUUCCAUAUCGGCCAUACUUAAAAAUGCAAUUCUCGGCAGCCUAUGACAUUUUUCUAGAAAUCCUCCAUCGCAUCAACCAGCAUCUGCGUCAGGCGCUCAAACGGGAUACCGUCAACUGGCGUAUGUUAAACACAUGCCCUGCAUGCUUUUACAAGCUCGACGAUGAACCUGCCCUCAAUUUUGAAUGGCUGGUAUCAAUUGACGGUAACAAUAGCCUGAAGCGAUGGAACUCGUCCAUCUAUGGUACCACUGCCCGAUCUGAUUCUCGCACAGCUCAUUCGGAUUAUUGGAUUUAUGCUGACGCUGUUGACAAGUUUGAGAAUGAAGUCAAAUCCCGACAAACAGACUUGAGGAAUGAUGACGACUGGGAGGAUGAGCCUACAGACCCAGAUCAUCCGGGAGCAUUCACAUGCAUCAAUCGAUGGAGAAACACUGGCCCAGACUCACGUAAGAAGAUGUUUGCUGUAUUCCAAGAGUCAGGUAUUUUUAUCGCUUCAUGCCGCCAUCGCUUUGUGCUUCUCGUGUGUGAUAUGAUCUGA